AUGGAUUCUGAUGCUGCUGCUCAGAGGGUCGAUAAUAGUGGGAAAAAUAUAGUAUUGCCUGAUAAUAUACAAUUAUUAUCUACAAAUGAAUUAUUGGGGCUUAUACAGAACCAUAGAGAGGAGUUAUCUAAAUAUGUGACAAAAUUUUGUUCCUUACAAGAUGUUUCUAAGGAAAUACAGGGUCUUGAAGUCAAGUUGAAGGAGCUAGAACAGAAGUUUGAAAAUUUAGAGAAGGACAAAACCCAAGUUAUCGAGAUGUUUGACAAUUUUAAACAAUUAGAAGCUGAAUAUAGUUAUAAAUGGCGAAAAUUACACGAUGACAUUGAUAUAAAGUAUAGUCCAAAUGUGCUGAAAAACAAAUUAGAGGCUGAAUUAAAAGAAUUGGAUCAUGCCAGUCGCAUUAUUGAAGAGAAUGCUUCGAAUUCCAAUGAAUUAGAUUCUUUUAUCAACCAAUACUUGGAUAUACGAACACAAUAUCACAGCAAAAGAGAAAAAUUGAGCACCUGGAAGCAACAAGGUGAGUUAUACGAAUAA